AACAUCAGUAUCGUUUUGUACCUCCUCCAGUAAAGUGGAUCUUCUUUAGCUGUUUUGUGCACGAAUAUUCUCAUUAAAUAAAACAAAAUGAAACUUAUUGCCAUCUUCUUCAUUGUUGCUGUAUCUGCUGUGAUGGCUAAGCCGAAGCCAGCAGUGAUCACCUAUUCUGCUCCUUAUGUUGCAGAGCCUGCUGCAGCUGUUGUAGAGAGUACUUACCAUGGUGUGUCAGCUCCACUUGUAGCCUCUCCGGUUGUAUCCACCUAUUCAGCCUACUCAGCUCCUCUUCUUGCAUCACCUUAUGCAUAUGCGACAUAUCCAUAUGCGACAGGUGCUGUCUAUGUUUAAAUGACAAUGGCCAAAGGACAAUUUGAUAAUCUACUCAGGCUUCUUCGAAUGAAAUACUCUUCAAAUAUUAAAUCAAAGGCACUCCACUAAAUUGACAACUCUACGUCAAAUUUCAUCUUCAGACCGUACAUCUUCUGUUAAUGUUAUUAUUUU